AUGACACUUCGUGGUGAUGUUCUUCGCAAGAUCAUAGACACCAACAAAACUGAAAAUGAAAUAAAGGUUGACGAUGGAGCAGGAACCAGUUCUAAUCUGGAAUCACAAGAGAUAAUUAUGGAUGAAAGUGAUGUUGAUUUCGGAUCAGAUGAUACAAUAAUCGAUGAUGAUUGUUUGCCGAAUACGACAAACCGUGAAUACAUUUCAGAUGAAGUUAAUAUUAAUGAAAAUAAUACUGAUGAAGUGCUUCGAAAUCUUGCUCUACAAGAAGAUGAAUUAAAUAAAAGCGGCAAUGAGCAAAUAGAUGAUGAUGAAUUUAUGAAUGACUGGACUGAAUAUAUGGGCAGACAUAAAACGUUUCUAUUCAUUGGGAAACAUGGUUCACAAAAAAUGAUAUCACCUAAUUCUACUCCGUUAGAAAUCUUUCGACUUAUUGUAGAUGAAGAAGUGAUAAAUUACAUUGUCACCAAAACCAAUAGAUUUCCCAAGCAAACUAUAAAUGCAAAACUAAUAACUUACCAUGCAAGGAUCACUAAAUGGAUUCCAACAGAUGCAGGAGAAAUGGAAAAAUUUUUUGGUUUAAUGAUGUGGAUGGGGCUGGUAAGGCUUCCUACUCUUCCAGACUAUUGGUCAAAUCAAGGGAUUUACCAACAGCAAGUUCCACGCGAUCGCCUUAGAAAAAUUCAGUCGUUAAUUGAUAUAUUGGAAAGAAAAUUUAAGGAAUUAUUUUAUCCGGGUGAAGAUAUUGUCAUUGAUGAAACCUUAGUGCCAUGGAGACGAAGGCUUAUCUUCAAGCAGUAUAAACCAAACAAAGCUCACCGUUAUGGUAUAAAGUUAUGCAAAUUAUCCUUAGUUGAUAGUUACACAUGGACCUUAAAAAUUUUUCCUGAGCAAUCCUCAUCUUCCAAACGUCACAUAGGAUUAGCCAAACAGCUUUGCCUCAAACUCACUGGAAGUCUUCUCAAUAAAGCAAAAAGCUUAUUGGAGCAAAAAACUCAUGUUACUGGCACUCUAAGGGCUAAUAAAAAAGAUAUUUCCAAGGAAAUUCUUCUUGCUAAACUGAAACGAGAAGAAAUCAUUUCUCGUGAGGAUUCAAACGAAAUUGUUGUUCUAAACUGGGAAGAUAUCCAUGAUGUUUGGUUCCUCUCGACAAAGCACACACCACAUCUUGUUCCAAUAAACAACUUGGAAAUGGAAGCACGACCAUCUACAACAAAACCAAUAGCAAUACUGGCUUAUAAUAAAGCGAAAGCUGGCACUGAUCUGUCCGAUCAAAUGGCUUCAUAUUGCACAACCCUCCGCAAGGGUGUGAAAUGGUACAGAAAACUUGCUAUCGAACUAAUAUUAGGUUCAGCAGUAGUAAAUGCAUGGAUAAUUUACAAGCAUUUAACGAAGAAAAUAAAAAAACAUAAUAGUCAUGGGGACUGUCGACAAAAGUGA